AUGAAUUCCUCAACCAAGACAUUAAGAAGGUACCUGCCUGAGUGGUCUCCAUGCUACACCAAGAAAACACUUCAGUUAUACCCAUCCACCAACUGCUCGAUAAAAUGCCCGAACCAGAUUGUUAAAUUUUUAUUCAAAUAUAUGAGUCUAGGAUUGAAGAACUUUGAUUCCUUGUGCCUACAACAAUACAGAGACUAUUUUACCAAUUCUAUUCUCUGCAAUUCUUGGCUAUGUAUUAACCCCUUUCCCUCUUCUCGUUCUUUCACAACCGCCGACCCCUCCUUCCCCUACAUCUCCAAUCGCACGAUUACAACUCUCCGACAUCAUCCGUUUGCCUCCGUUAGAUCUGCAACGCCGCCUCCAUCGUCGGAUUCUACGCCGCCUUCGACUGCAUCGCUUAUGCCGCCUUCGCCUCCGGGUCGUGCUGCUUCGCCCUCGACAUCUUCUUCAGGUAAAGUUUUAGCUUUCUCUUGCUAUGUAAUUCGAGUUUAA